AUGUCUUCAUCCAUUUCUCAUGUGUUAAUAUCACUUCUUCUUUUUGUUUUGCUGCAUGAACCUACCCUUGCAAUUAAACAGUCCUAUAUUGUAUACUUAGGAUCACAUUCUUUCGGUCCAAAUCCUUCAUCAUUUGAUUUUGAACUUGCAACGAACUCCCACUAUGAUAUUCUUGCAUCUUACGUUGGAAGCACCGAGAAGGCCAAAGAAGCAAUAUUUUACUCUUAUAAUAGAUAUAUUAAUGGAUUUGCUGCAAUACUUGAUGAAGAAGAAGCAGCUCAGCUUUCAAAGCAUCCAAAUGUAGUAUCAGUUUUCUUAAACAAAAAAUAUGAACUACACACAACUCGGUCAUGGGGUUUCCUUGGUUUAGAGAGAGGUGGUGAAUUUUCAAAGGAUUCAUUGUGGAAGAAAUCACUUGGCAAAGACAUUAUUAUCGGAAAUUUAGACACCGGUGUUUGGCCAGAAUCCAAGAGUUUUAGUGACGAAGGAUUUGGACUGAUCCCAAAAAAGUGGCGUGGAAUCUGUCAAGUUACUAAAGGAAAUCCAGAUAACUUUCACUGCAACAGAAAGCUUAUUGGAGCAAGAUAUUUUUUUAAAGGCUUUCUGGCAAAUCCUUAUAGAGCCAAAAAUGUAUCGCUUCAUAGUGCACGGGAUAGUGAAGGUCAUGGUUCACACACUUUAUCAACUGCUGGAGGAAAUUUCGUUGCUAAUGCAAGUGUAUUUGGCAAUGGAAAUGGAACAGCAAGUGGUGGAUCACCAAAAGCACGAGUUGCAGCCUAUAAGGUUUGUUGGGAUGGAUGUUAUGAUGCAGACAUUUUGGCUGGUUUUGAAGCUGCCAUAAGUGAUGGUGUUGAUGUGCUUUCGGUGUCUUUGGGUAGUGGUGGUUUAGCCCAAGAAUAUUCCCAAAACAGUAUUUCCAUAGGAUCUUUUCAUGCAGUUGCCAACAACAUCAUUGUUGUGGCUUCUGGAGGUAAUUCAGGACCUGUUCCUAGUACUGUAUCCAACUUGGAACCUUGGACGCUCACAGUUGCUGCAAGCACAAUUGAUAGAGAUUUCACAAGUUAUGUUAUUCUUGGUAACAAAAAAAUACUCAAGGGAGCUAGCCUUUCAGAGCUUGAAUUACCACCUCAUAAGUUGUACCCAUUGAUAAGUGCUGCUGAUGUCAAAUUUGAUCAUGUGUCUGCAGAGGAUGCUCUUUUUUGCAAUCAUGGAGCUCUUGAUCCACAUAAGGCAAAGGGAAAAAUAUUGGUAUGUCUUCGAGGUGACAGUAAUAGAGUUGACAAGGGUGUGGAAGCUUCUCGUGUAGGUGCUAUUGGAAUGAUUUUGGCUAAUGAUAAGGGUUCAGGCGGUGAGAUUAUAGAUGACGCUCAUGUGCUUCCCGCUUCACAUGUUAGCUUUAAAGAUGGAGAUUUAAUUUUUAAAUACGUCAAUAACACAAAGUCUCCUGUAGCUUACAUUACUAGAGUUAAAACACAAUUGGGUGUAAAGGCAUCUCCAUCUAUAGCUGCAUUUUCAUCAAGAGGACCAAAUAGACUCGACCCUUCAAUCCUUAAGCCUGACAUCACUGCACCAGGAGUCAACAUAAUUGCAGCUUAUAGUGAAGCUAUAUCUCCUACAGAAAAUUCAUAUGAUAAGCGAAGAACUCCUUUUAUUACUAUGUCAGGCACUUCGAUGUCAUGUCCUCAUGUUGCCGGACUUGUUGGGCUGCUUAAAUCUAUCCAUCCUGAUUGGAGUCCAGCUGCUAUCAAGUCAGCAAUCAUGACUACAGCAACGACAAAAAACAACAUCGGAGGUCAUGUGUUGGAUUCAUCACAAGAAGAAGCAACUCCUAAUGCAUAUGGUGCAGGGCACGUUCGACCUAAUCUUGCAGCAGAUCCUGGACUUGUGUAUGACCUAAAUAUAACUGAUUAUUUGAACUUUUUAUGUGGUCGUGGAUACAACAGCUCCCAACUUAAAUUGUUCUAUGGAAGAUCUUACACUUGUCCCAAAUCCUUCAAUUUAAUUGAUUUCAAUUAUCCAGCCAUCACAGUUCCUGACAUUAAAAUUGGACAGCCUUUGAACGUUACUCGCACUGUAACCAAUGUCGGGUCUCCAAGCAAGUAUAGAGUGCUUAUCCAAGCACCCGCAGAACUUCUAGUUUCAGUGAACCCUAGGAGACUAAACUUCAAGAAAAAGGGUGAAAAAAGAGAGUUCAAGGUUACAUUAACCUUGAAGAAAGGAACUACGUAUAAGACUGAUUACGUCUUUGGAAAAUUGGUUUGGAACGAUGGAAAACAUCAAGUUGGGACUCCUAUUGCAAUAAAGUAUCCACAUUAGUGGUAUUUAUUUAGGUUACUGCUGCAUUUUCUACAAAUUGUUUAAGACAGUGUCAAUAUUUUUCUCCCGUUUUCAAUAAAGGGACAUGUUGUGUUGUGUACAAGUUCUUCAAAGUUUGUGAAGUGAAUAUUUC